GCUGAAUUUAUUAAUCAACGUGAUUUCAAUGAUUUGCUUUUUGUAGGCAGAAGAAAACAGAUCAAAAAGACCUUCUCCUUUGUAUAUCUAAAUCCAUCAACAAUUUCUCAGAUCCAAAAAAGUCCGAUCAAACAAUGUCGACUUUCAGUGGAGAUGAAACUGCUCCUUUCUUCGGCUUCCUCGGCGCCGCUGCGGCACUCGUAUUCUCCUGCAUGGGAGCAGCGUACGGAACAGCAAAGAGUGGUGUAGGAGUGGCGUCUAUGGGAGUGAUGAGACCGGAGUUGGUGAUGAAAUCCAUUGUUCCAGUAGUUAUGGCUGGUGUGUUGGGUAUCUAUGGAUUGAUUAUUGCUGUUAUUAUCAGUACUGGUAUUAAUCCCAAAACGAAGUCGUACUACCUGUUUGAUGGAUAUGCUCAUCUCUCUUCUGGUCUCGCUUGUGGUCUUGCUGGUCUUUCUGCUGGAAUGGCCAUUGGUAUCGUCGGUGAUGCCGGUGUUAGGGCUAAUGCUCAACAACCUAAGCUUUUCGUUGGGAUGAUCCUCAUUCUUAUUUUCGCUGAAGCUUUGGCUCUUUAUGGGCUUAUUGUUGGCAUUAUAUUGUCUUCGCGAGCUGGGCAGUCCAGAGCAGAGUGAAGUUGGCUUAUCAACACUAUUCUUACUACGAUGUACUUGAGACUUUCAGAAAAAAA